CUCCGGACCCGGGUGAGGAACAGAAUUUCCUCCAGAUGGUGACAUUGGAGCUGGAAAGAGUAGCAAGAGCAUGCAUGUGGCUUGAGGCUGAGAAGUUCCACACAUCCCACAGAGUUCUCCAGCGCCAUCCAGUCCCUUUCACCAUCUAAGGAUUCAACAAGUUUGAAACCCGGAAAAAGACCUUUCCCCAGCCAUGCUGACACCCUGAUCUCAGACUUCCAGCUUUCAGAAUGAAUCAUCAAUACCUGAAGAGAAACAAGAAUGUUAAGAAAAAACAAAACAUUAAUUUUUAAAUACUUUCUUAAUCUCAUUAAUGGCGCUUUCUUGGUUCUUGGACUUUUACUCAUGGCAUUUGGUGCAUGGCUUUUAUUAGAUAGAAAUAAUUUUUUCACAGUUUUGGAUGAGAAUAAUCAGUUGAUAAUACCUGUUUUUCAAGUGUUGAUUGGAACUGGAUCUGCUACUGUUCUCCUUUGUCUCUUGGGUUUUUUGGGAAUUCACAAUGAAAUCAGAUGGCUCCUAAUUCUGUAUGCAGCACUGUUAAUGUGGGCCGUUGGAGGUCAGGUUGUACUAUCAGCAUUCAUCUUCACAAAAAAAAAGGAGGUUCAGCAAGUAUGGCAUGAUGAAAUUGAUUUAGUCAUUUCCAAGUAUGGAGCUCAAGAUAUGCCUGAAGACAUACCCAAGUGGACUAUUCUGAAUACUUUACAGAAAACAUUACAGUGUUGUGGCCAACACAAUUACACAGACUGGAUAAAGAAUAAGAAUAAAGAAAAUUCAGAACAGGUGCCAUGUUCUUGCACAAAUUCUACAUUAAGAGAGUGGUUUUGUGAUGAGCCACUGAAUGCAACUUACUUAGAGGGUUGUGAAAAUAAAAUCAGCACAUGGUUUCAUGCUAAUGCUUUCACAUUAAUUGGAAUUAACUUCGGGCUUUUGGCUUCAGAGGUUUUGCAAGUCUCGUUAACUGUUUCUUUCUUCAGACACAUCAAGAAUAGGAUAUAUGCAGAAAUGUGAUCUUUGAAUUUUAAUUUUCCCAGAAGAAGCCAGUUAAUUCUCAAAAUAAUCACAUCACAUUCUUUUAUUCCAAAAAAACUUUUGAAUUUUAUCAAGUGUAGGGCUUUUUCAAGUUAUUGGUUAUAUGUAACACAGAAUUCCUGAAUACUAUAAAAGUAACUCCAAAAAUUUUUAUUAAUUUGGUUUUUCAAAAUAUCAAAUUUGGCAGUUCAGAACUUGACCUUGAGUUAUUCUCUGAAUUCAGAGCAUAGCAUCGUAUACAGUGAAUUCAAAAUGUGAUGAAGUUGUUUUGAGUUUCUUGGAUAGAAAAAAUACCUGUAUGUUCAGAAAACAGCAGUUAUGAUAGUUAAUAAUAACAACACGCAGUUAUAACAUGUACCUUGCAUUUGUAAAUUUUAAGAAAAUAAUACUAGUUUAUGAGAGAUUUAAAAGAUGGAAAAUCUUCAUGAUACUGACCUUUAUACUGAAUUAAUCAUUUAUUUCUGUCUUCUGAUAAUGCUUGUAAGGGACUAAUAAACUUAAAACUGUAUAGAUUUGGAUAUAAUUUAGUGACAGUAAUAAAAUGUUAAAACUACAAUAAAUUUUUACAGUAGCAAAAAUAAUCUAUUCUAAGUGAUCACUGAAUUCUCAUACUCUUUACUUGGUCCUCAUUUUCUUCUCUUUUUGCUUAAUUUUUUUUUUCAGUGUGCACAUGCACAAUUCUCUGAGGGAUAUAAAAAUAACUUAGCUGUUCUAUUUUCCUAACAAUGUUAUUGUGAUAACAGAAAAAAAGUCCCUUGAAAAAUAAAAAGUGCUAUACAGAUGUGAGGUAUUACCAUACCAUUGUUGUCCUUUAUAGCAAAAUGCUGCCUUAACUUUUAGGAAAUGAAAAAGGAUAGAUUACCUGAAGAUUCUGUGUUGCUCUCUCUCCUACAAAAGGCUCACUCUCAUUUACUAAUUCAAUCAUAUCUCUUUUUAUCCAUGUAUUCAGUAUAUUGCAGAUUUCAGAGACCUGUGGGCUUUUUUUAAGUUGGCACAGAAAAUAGAAUCACCAUUUUCUCUAAAAUAGCCUGUAAAUAGGCAUGCCUUCUACACUUGAAAGAAAAUCCUCUUGGGAUUUAAAGUUCAUUUGCAAAUUCUCAUUCUCUUUAAAAUAUGCCACUGAUGUAAAAAAAAUCUGCACUGCUUAUAAGUUGAAAAGUAGCUUAUUGUUAACCGAAUAAAUAUUAUAGGUGAUUUGAUUAUAUAUGUUUGUUUUUGCUUCAAGGAAACAAAAAGGAUCACUAGAUAUUAAGCUAUUUUCAGUUAAUACUUUCAAUCCACAAAAUAUAUGCACCACUAAUUGAAUCUAUUGCCUUUAUGAUUCUAUGGAAAACUGUCUUGAAGGACAUUACUUUAUACCUUGAAAAAAA